CAGGAACUAGUCAAAACACAAAGUGUCCUACUUGCCAAAAUCACCUCCAUAUUUUAUUUUAGAAAUGUCCGAGUUUAAGUUUUUAUGCAAGAUCAAAUAGACGAGAGUUUAUCUCCAGAUGAUUUGGUGAAACAAUUUAAAAACUGCAUCAACAGCCUGAUAGAAUGUAGAGAGAAAAAUUCGGUUCGUCGCGAGGUAGAGAACCUGCUCCAGACCGUUUUCAAAUUAGGAAUAAGGAAUAUAGAUUUUACUCGAAUACAAAACUUUAAAACUCUACUGAACCGGUGCAGCGAUUCUAUAGACAACACUAUCUAUCACCACGGCAACUCGUUUGAUGUCGACUACGUCCCAAAAUACUUGAUUCUAAGAUCUGGGUUGCAGUUUUUGAUAGACGCUGAUGAAUCUUUUAAAGCUGAAUGCGAGAGUGAGGAUUCUUACUUAUACAGUUCUAUUCAAUUAUUAAACGAAGGUUUUGAUAGCUGGAAAAAUAAUAUUGAAAUUGGUGGUUUCUACAACAUCACUCAUUCACCAGAAGAGCUACAAAAACCUGUUGGGGUACCAGCCACUCAUACUUGGUGGACUGUAGGAGACUGAUAUUCACUUCCUAUUUUUCUGUAUCAGAAAUGGAUACCCAAAGUCAAAAGGAUGCUGAAUUUAUUCAGAAAACAAUAGGGAAUUAUCUUAAAGACCAUCACUGGACUGUAUCGAUGGCUUCAAAAGAAUUCCUUUGGGAUCAGUUAGCAUUUUCAUUUUUUGCUGACUCAAAGCCAACGUUUACUAAGGAACAAGUUGAAAUUAUCCAAAAAAUCACCGACAAAUGUAUGAAACAAAUAAAUAAUAGCACAGACAGUGUGAGUUUUUCGUUAAUUUUUAUGUACGUUGAACCAGAAUCAGCUCAACCUGGCGUCUUGAUACCUCUGGUGAGGUUUGUACAGGAAUUAGACGCUAAUACUUGUUUUAUCGAUUACACUGGCAGAGAGUACAAAUCAUGGGAUGAUUUUAUCAGCCAAAGCAAUGAAGGGUGCAAAUCUUUUUAUGUACCUUCAAAUGGACAAUACACGUCUGAUAAGGAUCUUCAUUAUCUUAAAACACAGUUAAAAGAUAAUUACAAAAAAUUUCAACUGCGUUACGAUAGCGAAAAUACACCUUCAAACAAUCACGAAGAUCUUAAGAAUGCGAUUGUGGAAGAUUUUAAAAACAUCUCGAAAACUUUUAAACUCAAUGGUUCAAAACUAUUCAAACAGAAAAUUCGGCUUUGGUUUUACCAAUACAUGAUCGAUUUCAACGUGGUAAAAGGCAUAACUACUUCUAUCAAAGAACAAUUUCCAGAUCCUGAUGAAAUUAAAAAGUUGGAUAUGCUGCUUAAAGGAUUUAAAGAAGUAACAGGAGAGACUCGCAAAUAUCUUGGCAAUGCUUUAUUCAUAAAAGAUAUCCAACAUAUACUAGAGUGCAGUGAACGAUUUAAAAAGCUGACUCUUUCUGAUGAAGGAUUUGGAUUGGCUUGUGGACUCGAACUUCACUCUAAGACGUUUGUGCAACUAACUGAAGAUGAAAAAAACAUAAUUCUUGAGCCAGGUAAAGAAAUAGCGGAAAGAAAAACUCUAGGUAAAAACUUUAAAGAGGUAUUGAAAACAUACAGUUUUCAAUUUAAAAUUGAAAUUCAUAAAGCAGAAGUAAAUAUCAAAAAGUUACUGAAAGUAGAAGAUUACAAUAACUUUUUACUAAAAGAUAAACUUUUAUGGGAAAAUUUGAAACAAUUCCAAAUAAUACGACUUCACGGCGUACUAAAAAACAGCUGUAAAUCUGAUGAUACAUUCAUUCAGCUGGGGAUAACUUUUGCUGAAAGAUUAGAAUGCCAAGAUUUUGACCAAUUUAUUGCGGCUUUAGAAUAUGCAACAAAAUUACUAAAUGAUAAAAUCAACGAGUUACGGGAAGAAUACAAAAAAACAAGAGUCAGAAAGACAAACCACGACUUAAAGAUUGAAGGUGACAAAUUUAUCCGAGAACACAUUGACGAAUUCUGCAACAAUUUCACGGAAUUAAUGUUAGAAUGUGACAAACAUAAGAACGAAAACCUUGCUUUUUGUGACUUGAUGGUUGCUGCUUAUCACUAUAAGAAACAUGCAGAAGAGUAUUCUUCAAGGGAGCUUACAGUGAAGGAAUAUUUAGAUAUAGCCAGAACUAUUUUGUGUAAAGACGACAUAGAAUUUGUAUGGUCACAAGAUGGAUGCGCCAAGAAAUAUUACGUGACAGACACAAGCCAUGGUGCUACAGCUAUCCGGAUAGAUCGAGCCGAUGGGAAAUGUAUGAUUGCUUCGUUAAUGUUUAAGAUGAAAUGAGCAAAACUCGAACAUUGCGGAAAAUAGUUUCCCCAGCAUGUGAAACGUUGUGUGUGAAAUCAUCAAGACUUACAUAGAAUAGUAAACACGGCAAAAACAGUGAUAAAGUACAUUGAAUGGCAUGCCAAAGAACAUGUUUACCAAGAACAAUCUUUUAUAAUAGAAAAUGUGUCAGUAAGCAUUAACAAUUUAUGUUUCUUUUGCCUAAAUGUUAAUUCUCUUCUAAGGCGAAUAUUAAGUCAGUAAGGGACCAGCAUUGUAACCAUCAGUUAAUGUACAGGGUUGAUUAUUUCGCAGUCAUGAACCUUAACUUUAUAGCACUCAGUGGUAUUAGAGCGGAAUUCAAUUUAUAACCAAAAAAAAAUUCUUGAUUUGAGUUUUUAGUACAACGUAGAGAGACUUUUUUGUGUAUUUUAGAAUGCUUGUUAUAUAUUGUAAAAGUGUAGUAUAAUAACCUGCAUCCUACAAUAUUUACUUUUUAAUCUCCUAUCCUUUUACAUGUUUUCCUUCCAAGAUAUUUAUUUUAACGUUCUGCCAUUGAUAUUAUACAUUUUCUUAAUCUUUUUUUACCACCGGUUGAUUAUUUUAUUUUAAACUCAAUAAAUAAAGGCCACUUACCCAUUAUGAGGCGUAUUUUUUAGUAACUGUACCAGUUUAUCAUUUUUAUUAGUGUGUCAUUAAGAGGUUUGAAGAUUAAUUAUAACAAAGGAUAUCGUGAAAGUAAUUUAAGAAAUAGCAGAAAGACAAACUCUAGAUAAAGGCUUUUAAGAUUUACUGAAACAUAUAGCUUUCAAUUUAAAAAAGAAAUUUAUUUUUGAAGCAGAAAUAAAUAUAAAAAAGGCACUGAAAGUUGAAAUAAAUUUAUAAUUACCGGCAUGCAAAAAACACACAAGUAAAUCUGAUGGUUAUUUCAUUCAGCUGGGGACAACAUUUGCUGAAAGAUUAGAAUGACAGGAGUUUGACCAAUUUUGUGCGGCAUUCAAAAUGCAACAAAAUUAUUUAACGACAGCGCGAGCGAGAUACGAAAAAAACAUUAUAAUAAAAGUAAAGUAAAAUAUAAGCAAACAAACAAAACAUCGACGAAGUUACUUUAAACUCAGGAAAACAUUCGCCCCAAAUAACUACAUCACUACUUCCACUCACAUACAACAACCAUUCACUGCACUUAAAUAACCCAGCCACCUACAAUAACUCAGCUCAUUUGCAUAUAAGUAGCAACACUAUCCCAGAAGUAACAACUACAGCUGAACUCUACUUCCCAGCGACCUUAAGGGUACUUUUACGUUUUUAUAUAAAAAUAGAGUUUUUAUUAUGUUUAAGAUUUCAACUCGAUGUAUGUGUUUAUUAUGAAAUGGCAAUGUUAUAGAUUAGUGUUUUAUAUUUUUAGCUUUCUUUCAAUGAUUGUGCUUAUAUUUUAAUACUUAAUUAUCCACGCAGUAUGGUACUAAACUCCCAUGCUCAUGUAUUUAUUUAUUUAAACAAAAAGCAAAGGCUUGUAUUAAGUAGAAUAAGCACGUUUCUUUUAAGAUUGUGUGUGCAUGCAUGUGUGUCUGUGUGU